AUGAGGAUCCAUUAUCUCCUAAUUGCCUUGUUCUUCUUGUUCUUGGUGCCGGUUCCAGGCAACGGAUGGAUCAUCAACACGUUCAAAAGAUACUACUGCAAACUCAGAAGCGGCCGGUGUGCUUACCUGGGCUGCCGAGCGAAGGAGGAGCAGAUAGGCCACUGCUCCCUGAAAGGGCGGAAAUGCUGCCGGAAAAGGCCCGGGCCCGCCUCCACGGCCGGAAACGCACGAGCCCAUUCCAACGGCUUUGCUUCCCGCACAGGAGAAGCUUGA